CCUGUUGCACUUAGAACAGGAAAAAUAGCUCGACAAAUCGAUAUUUGGCGUUCUUAUAAACUAAGCCAAUCGAAGCCACGGGAAAGUUCUAGAACUACUAGCUACAUUCUAUUCGUGUCAACUUUAAUGGACAAACUAAAGAAAGUUUUGAGUGGCCAAGAUGGCAACAAUGAUGACGGCGACAUAUUGCAAGCGGCGAACCAAGCCUCCACCCUGGGCUGGGGCACGCGCAUGAAGGGCUUUAUCGCAUGUUUCGUGCUCGGGGUCUUGUGUUCCAUUCUGGGGACAUGCUUGCUGUGGAUUCCAAGGGUUGGUCUGAUUCUGUUUGCCGUGCUGUACACACUCGGCAAUGUUGCCUCUCUGUGCAGCACAAUGUUCCUGAUGGGACCCCUUAAUCAGCUGAAGAGGAUGUGUGCCAAAGAAAGAGCACUGGCCACAGCUAUCAUGCUGACCUGUCUGGUGCUAACUAUGUGUUCUGCUUUCUGGUGGAAGAAUAAUGGUCUAGCCUUACUCUUCUGUAUUCUACAGUUUCUGGCCUUCGCUUGGUAUGGCCUGUCCUACAUUCCAUUCGCAAGGGAUGCCGUGAUAAAGGCCUUCUCUGUCUGUCUGAAGUGAGGCUGCAAACCUCCCUUUCUCUCCCUCUGAGGGGUUAUGAUGUGUGUGUGUUUGGGGGUUGGCUAAAGCCCUCAACUCUCUGGCAAACACACAGACGCCACACAGGUGUGCUGGACUGGUGCCCACUGAGUAAACACUCGUCAGCGAAUGCUUUCCGGAGCAGAAGUGUACCUGAGGUAUGAUGUUGUGUAGAGGAAUCUGUUUGUGAGGGAUGCCUUAUCUUAUCUGUGUGUGGUGUGGUGUCUGUGUCCCUUUAAGGUCGGUGUAUAUGUGCAUUUUGUGUGUUUUUCUACAUGGUGAGUCCAGCUCCUCUUAAUUUACUGUGGGGGGAGGGUCAAUGCACCACCUCUGUCAUUUCUCUAACUGUAAAUCAAACCAGACCAAAACUAUUCAGAUCUAUAUGUAGGUGCCAACAUGGUGUGUCUUCACUAGUUAUUUGUACUGUAGGUGUUUAUUUACAUGUGUUCACAAUGUACAGCUCACUACUGAUAAUUUCACCGGCUCAGGUCUGGAAAUCUGUACAGUCAGAUGACUUUUUGCACCUAAUCCCAAGUGCACUUACCAGGAGUCUGAAUAUAAGGGCCUGCUGUUAAACGUUCUUCUAGCUGGAUAGAUAUACAGUUGAAGUCGGAAGUUUACAUACACUUAGGUUGGAGUCAUUAACUUGUUUUUCAACCUCUCCACAAAUUUCUUGUUAACAAACUAUAGUUUUG